AAAUUAUUCGGUUGUGUUGUGUCAUUCGUGUGCUGUUGUACCAGCAAUAUAUAAAAAAAAUUCUCUAUGAAUUUCAUUCAACAAAAAUCGAUAAAUUUUCAUCUUGUUUUGUUUACUUUUACAUUCUUACUGUGCCACUUUCAAAAAUGUUGUGAUGCUUUUGUUACAGAUAAUUUCUAUCGACGUCCAACGAUUUAUCUGACUAUUAAUCCAAUAAAUUACAAAAUAGAUGUCAAUUGGUUCCACAUUCCACUCACACCAACAUUAACCAACAGUUCUUCUGAUUUCAACGACCCUUUAGCUUCAGUUCUUGAGACCUCGACUGUCAUUUACCUCACAAAUGAUUCCAGCAAUCCACUUGAUGCAAACUUUACAAAUGUAUUUUAUGAACUGUCACUAAAUGUCUCUGAUGGUCGACAACAGACUUAUCUGACACAUAAUUUUGAGGACACAUCACUUGAUGUCACUACAAAAUGUUAUAACUUGUGGUUUCACUUGAUUCAGAAUGAUCAGAGAAUUCUUAAUGGCUGCAUGAAAGCAAAUUCCAAUUGGAUGAAUGAAAUGAAAGAUAUUUUAAAGGAACGAAAGAUCAGAGACUUGUUCAUCCCUGGAACUCAUGAUUCUGCAUCAUAUAAGCAGAGUUUUGAUCCAACAACUAUGGAUAAUUUGAUAACGAGAUAUUCCUUAACUCAGGAUGACAAUAUCAUGUCACAAUUGAUCAAUGGAGUUCGAUACCUUGACUUACGUGUUGGAUAUUACAGAUCUAACAAUGAAAAGUUCUGGGCUAAUCAUGGAAUCACAAGAAUGCAUCCACUAAGUGACAUUUUUAAGCAAAUUAAAGAUUUUGUUGAUGCCACAAAUGAAAUUGUUAUUUUAGAUUUUCAAGAAUUUCCAGUCGGUUUUAGGAAUAAAUUUGAAGUUCAUCAACAAUUUGCUAUGUAUUUAUUCCAACAAUUCAGUGAAUAUGCAGUUGAUCCAAAACUUGGUUGGGAUACAACAAUUGGAGAUAUUUGGAAAAGUGGUAACAGAAUCAUUAUCGGCUAUGAUCAUCAUGCAAUUGUUCAAGAACAUUCCAACACUCACUUAUUCCAAAGUGUUCGACAGCGAUGGGGAAAUGUCAAGGACGGUUAUGCAAAACUUGAAAAGUUCUUGAAAGAACAAAGGGAAAAUAUCAGUCGUGAGGCAUUCUUGAAUUCACGUCCGUUUGCUGAGAUGGCAGAACUGACACCACAAGCGAUGGAUGUUAUCACAAAUCGACUUGGUGGAUUGAGAAAAAUGGCAGACUCGACAAAUUGGCAUGUUACGAGACUUUACCAUGGUGAAUUUGGAAGGAAAGCAAAUAUUGUAGCUGUUGACUUUUAUUUAUCAACAAAUAUUGUCGAUAUUGCUAUUGAAUGGAAUCGAAGGAAGCUCGGAUUUAGUACAAAAUAUGAAAGUGAUAGUCAUGAAUAGUUUUAGGCAGUGAUGUGAGAUUGGUACAGAUGAUAUGAUUGGAUGUUUGAUGUUUUGCUCUCUAGAGUACGAAUUAUCAAGUGACACGAAUUUCUUUUUUUUUUUGGCAUAUUUAUCAAAAUAUUAUUAAAAUUAUUUG